GGGACCGAACGGUGGCCGUGGGGGAGUGACAGAGAACUGAGGCUGAAUAUUAUCCAUUCUUUCCUCGAGUGUCUGCAAGAAAGAGCAAGUAUGGACUCGGCGGGGCUGCCGCUCCGUGCGACCUGCGCUGCUGAUCGCUAACAGAGAGACCACCAGGGCUGGGACUCCGCGCACAGUAAGAGCGCCCGCCGGCCUCGGCAGAACAUGGUGCAGAAGUACCAGUCCCCGGUGCGGGUCUACAAGUACCCCUUCGAGCUCGUCAUGGCGGCGUACGAGAGGCGAUUCCCCACCUGCCCCCUCAUUCCCGUGUUUUUGGGGAGCGACAUCCUUCACGAGCACGCGAGCGAGGACGGAGCCGUUCACGUGGUGGAGAGAAGCUGCAAACUGAACGUGGACGCCCCCCGAUUACUCAAAAAGAUCGCUGGGGUGGAAUUUGUCUUCUUCAUCCAGAAGAACACCCUGAACUGGAGGGAUCGCACGUUAUUGAUCGAAGCUCACAACGAGACCUUCUCCACCCGUGUCUUGGUCAACGAGACAUGCAGUUACUCCGUUCACCCAGAAAACGAGGACUGGACGUGUUUCGAGCAGACGGCUUCACUCGACAUCAAGUCGUUCUUCGGCUUCGAGAGCACGGUGGAGAAAAUUGCCAUGAAGCAGUACACGGCCAACAUCAAGCGGGGCAAGGAGGUGAUUGAGUUCUACCUGAACGAGCUCAUAGCUCAGGGCAUCACUAAGCUGCCGAGGUGGACGCCUGGAGCACCUGUCAGACGUGAAGAUCCUGCGCGGACUACUACAGUUGACAGAUCGCUUUGUCAAGGACCAGCGCUGGACUCCUCCAACCAGGGGCCAGGAAGAGGAGACCCCGCAAUUUCCAUCUCGGAGACAACCCCCGCUGAUGCUGAUAAACUUGAGGCUGACUACAUAGAGCGUUACUUGGGCAAACUGACCCCGAUGCAGGAGAGCUCCCUCAUCCACCUCCGACAGUGGCUGCAAGAAACCCACAAAGGCAAGUCAGAAUCCGGCGAGUGGAAAGCUGAUAAGAUCCCCAACGACGAGCACAUCCUGCGCUUCCUCAGGGCUCGCGACUUCAACAUGGAGAAAGCGCGGGAGAUGCUGUGCCAGUCUCUGUCUUGGCGUAAGCAGUACCAGGUGGACUACAUUCUCCAGACGUGGCGCCCGCCUCCCAUCUUGGAGGAGUACUAUGCCGGCGGUUGGCAUUACCACGACAAAGAUGGUCGCCCACUCUAUAUCCUGCGCUUGGGACAAGUGGACACUAAGGGCCUGGUGAAAGCCCUCGGAGAGGAGUCCAUCUUGCGGCACCAGGUUUUAUCCAUCAAUGAAGAAGGACAGAAACGUUGCGAGGAGAACACCCAGCAGUUUGGCCGGCCAAUCAGGUCGUGGACCUGUCUGGUGGAUCUUGAAGGCCUGAACAUGCGCCAUCUUUGGAGGCCCGGCGUGAAGGCCUUGCUAAGGAUUAUAGAGGUCGUCGAGGCCAAUUACCCGGAGACUUUGGGGAGGCUGCUUAUUGUCCGAGCUCCGCGAGUGUUUCCCGUUCUCUGGACUCUGGUCAGCCCGUUCAUCAACGAGAACACGCGGCAGAAGUUUCUGAUAUACAGCGGAAACAACUAUCAGGGCCCCGGAGGGAUCUCGGAUUAUCUGGAUAAAGACGUAAUCCCUGACUUCCUCGGAGGAGAAUGCGUGUGUAACAUCCCAGAGGGCGGUCUGGUCCCCAAGUCCCUGUAUCAGUCCGGUGACGACGCCGAGACCUCCGAUCACAUCCGGAUCUGGGCAGAGACUAUUUAUCAUACGGCUUAUGUGUGUAAGGGAUCCCCGCACGAGAUCACUUCUGAAAUCCUGGAGGAGGAAUCUGUCAUCACCUGGGACUUUGACAUCCUCCGCGGAGAUGUUGUCUUCAGCCUCUUUCACUCCAAACGAGCCCCACAAACCCACCAGAGAGACCCGGGCCCGGCGGCUGGCCCUGCGGCCUCCGGCACCAACGUGCAGCUCAUAGACAAGAACUGGGUCUUGGGAGUCGAUUACAGCAGGUUGGAGGCUCCGUUAAUCUGCAGAGAGGGGGAGAGCAUCCAGGGGUCCCAUGUCACGCGCUGGCCCGGGUUCUACAUCCUACAGUGGAAGAUCCACAGCCCAGCGUCUGGUUCCAGCAUGACGCGGGUGGACGACGUCUUGGCCUCUCUUCAGGGAUCUGCUCACAAGUGCAAACUCAUGUACUACUUCGAGGUGCUGGCGUCUGAGGAUUUUAGGGGCUCGAUGUCCAGCUUGGAAUCCUGCAGCGGCUUCUCGCAGUUAAGUGGGAUCACCAACUCAUCCAACAAGUCUCAAACCGACUCCUUAAUAUCCAGAUAACAGAGAACUGGGGGGGUCUCCGAACCCUAUACUUCUCCAACCAUCUG